UUUGUUGUAAGCACGCAGAGCAGUCAACUCUGAUCGUCGUAAACAUGGCGCGAGCCGAGGGAACCUGUGUGCCUGACCUGCAGAAGGAAAGAGCAAAAUGCACUUUCAACAAGGAAGAAAUUACAAAUUUAAUGGACGGCGGCGAAGACAAGACGCAGUUCAGAAGGAGGCUUGAGGACUUCUUUCUCUCGGACCCAGAGUUCCUCGACCCCAUUCCGCCCGAGUACCUGAGCCACGAGGACCGCUACUCCAACGAGUUAAGGAAGGCAUGCUACAUGAUCCGCAAGUUUAACGAGGAUGAGAAGGUCCAGCAGAUUGUUGGUGAGAUGGAGGGUAUAAGGACUCUAAUGGGCUCUGGUCUCGGUGUUGCACUCACAAAGGACGGGAAUCCACUAGCCUUGCAUUAUGUCAUGUUUAUGCCAGCGAUAUUGGGUCAGGGCACAGUUGAACAGCAGGGCAUAUGGCUCGGACGUGCCUGGACCGGAGAAAUCAUCGGUACUUAUGCACAGACAGAAAUGGGUCACGGAACCUUCCUCCGAGGUCUCGAGACGACAGCAACCUAUGACCCAUCAACGCAAGAAUUCGUUCUCCAUUCCCCGACCAUCACGUCGACCAAGUGGUGGCCAGGAGGAUUGGGGAAAACUGUCAACUAUGCUGUUGUGAUGGCCCAGCUGUACACGAAGGGGAAGUGCCACGGCGUUCACCCCUUCAUCGUCCAGCUCAGGGACGAGGAAACGCACGAGUCCCUUCCUGGUGUUACUGUUGGAGAGAUUGGACCAAGACUGGGAAUGAACACAAAUGAUAAUGGCUUCUUGAGAUUCAACCAUUACCGCAUUCCACGUACAAAUAUGCUGAUGAAGCACUCUCAGGUGUUAGAGGAUGGCACAUACAUUAAACCAGCAAACGACAAGUUAGCCUAUGGGACUAUGGUGUUUGUGAGGGUCGCCAUCUGUUUCGACUCCCACAGACAACUGCAAAGGGCUGUGACUAUUGCCACUCGCUAUGCAGCGGUUCGCCAUCAGUCAGAGUUGAAACCAGGAGAGCCAGAGCCUCAGAUUCUUGACUACCAGACCCAGCAGUAUAAGCUAUUGCCGCAAAUAGCCACCAUCUUCGGUAUCCACUUCUCCGCAAGACACGUAUGGGACACCUAUAAUGAGGUCACGGGAAACAUUCAUGAGGGGAACUUGGAUCUUUUGCCAGAGUUGCAUGCCAUAUCGUGUGGAUUGAAGGCUCUGAGCUCGAGCGAUGCUUCUGCAGGCAUUGAAAUAUGCCGACUGGCCUGUGGCGGACACGGAUACCUAUCAUCCUCCAACCUCCCUCGUAUCUAUACUACAACCACUGCUGCCAUCACCUAUGAGGGCGAGAACACAGUCAUGUGGCUUCAGGUCGCAAGAUAUAUCAUUAAAUCAUACCGUGAAGCACGUAAAGGGGAGAAGCUGUGCCAUUCCGUGUCAUACUUGGCCGCUCAGCCUGUUUCUACGCAUAUGUCUACCAGCCUUUCAAAUGAAGCUCUGGUUGAAGCGUACAAGACAGCUGUGUCAGCUAUUGUCUCUGAGACCGCAGAGCGCCUCCAGAAGUACUGCGAUCAGGGAGAACAGUUUGAACUUGCAUGGAACAAAUGUUCUGUUCUGCUUGUGAAAUGUGCUCAGGCCCAUACCAGGUACUUCACGUGCGAGCAGUUUGUCGAGAACGUUGAGAGCCUGGAGCUGAGCGAGGGCGUGAGGAAUGUUCUUCGCCGAUUGUGCCGUCUCUACCUCAUCUACCACAUCAGUCUGACUCAGGGAGACUUCCUUAGGAGUCAAGCCUUGUCAUCUGAGAACAUCAGUGCACUGGAAGGAGAAAUGUGCGAGCUCCUGGCCGUUCUCAGAGAUGAUGCUGUGUCAUUAGUGGAUUCAUUUGAUAUUCACGAUCGUAUUCUGGACUCAACUCUUGGAUGUUGGGACGGCGAUGUCUAUAACAGGAUGUUCAACAAGGCCCAACAGAGCCCCAUGAAUCAAACUGACGUCCCAAAAGCGUAUAGCAAAUACCUGCGGCCUCUAAUGAAGGCUAACCUUUGAAGGGAUCUGGGUGGUUGUGACUUUACAGUGGACCGUGUGUGUAGGCCUAUUUCUUGUAGUGGGUCUCUUAAAAUGUUUGCAAAUUUUGGAGUGUCCUACAAAAUAUUUGCGAUUAAUUUUGGAGUGGUCUUAUGAAAUAUUUGCAGAUUUAUAGUGGGUCUUAUGAAAUGUUUGCAGAUGUUUUGUAGCAGAUGUUCGUAAAUAUCUAGAACAGUGUAAAGAAUGUCUUAAGAUAUGUUUUAAUUUUGUAGCGGAUCUUAGGAAAUGUUUGAAACCUCUGCAUAAAAGAGGCAGAUUUUUUUUUUUUUUUUUUUUUGAGUUAAUUAUUUGCACAAGCAUUGCAUUUUUGUUAUGAACAUGAGAGAAUUUUGUAUUUACUGUUUUGUAAUUUAUAUGUUUUUGUCACUGUUAAUUGCAUAGCUCCACAGUGGUUAUUACAAAAGCUAUUAUUAAUUACUAUACUUUGAUAUGGUAUUUUUCUAAAAAAUUGUUUUCUUGAACUAGUGACAUGAUCCUUAUGUUGUAAAGAUAAAUGCAUUUAUGUAUUUGAUUGCAUUAUGUCAUACCUGGAAGUUUGGCAAGUAAGCAUUAAAUAAGCAUUUUUUGAGUAGGGUAUACUAAAACUAAAAGAUGCUAAAGGAUAUAUUGUAUUCUGUAUCUGUCUAUAUCUGUAUCUGUCUAACUAUAUAUCUGUCUAUCUAUCCAUCAAAUGGUCUAUAAAUCUAGCAUGUGUA